AUGUUCGGUCAGCGGUUCGACUUGGCGAGGCCGGGCACGUCUGUCUUGGUCAGUGUUCCACGCGGAACGCCCGUCGAGGACGCGCUGCUAGUUGUAAAGGCCGAUGCGCGUCGAUUUGGGGCACAUUGCUCGGACAUGUAUUUCCAGGAGAUCAACGUCACAGGGGCGUGGGCGAACAAGGCGCGGCCUGGGGGCUUCCACUUCGACGCUCGCGGUGCGCGAGACGAGACGCCGAAGUGGCUGAAACUCGGGCCGGUGGAGCUCAAAGUCGGCAACGGUCAUACCGACAAGGGGCAGCAUUAUCUGAACGUCUACGUCAAGAACCUUCAGCGCGUUGGGUUUAUUGUCGGAGGGCUGCUGGGAGAGGAUGACCACGCGGAGGCUGCGGCGCCUGAGGAAGGGUGCCAGAAGACGCUGUCACUGAAGGCUCGCCCGUAUGGUGAAGUUGCGCAUGGACAGGGCUCCGUCGCAAUCGGAUACUGAGCCGAGAGCUCCCGGCUCCGCGCGGCGCGCUCGAGCCCGCUCGCGAUGGGACGGCUCGCCGGCCAGUCGCCGGCCACCCGUUCUUUGCGAGACGAAUAGUAUUAUGGACGCGCCAGAUGCCUCCAAUAAUGUGUUUGGCUGAGAAGAGCCCAUACUUGUCCCUUCUGCUUUCCCCGCCGAUUAGGUCGUUUCGGAUGCAUCACGGCUUAUUCGGUUGAGAAGAGCCGGAGCUGUGGGACCGCUGACCUAGCAGGCGAUCUUUGAAAUUGGCGCCCGUGUCGUCUUCACACAGCAUCACCG